AUGCUAAAUGCAAAAAAAGUAUGGACCCCAAGUUGCUCAGGAAAUUUGUCAAAAGUUCCCAAACGAACCUUACGUCGGUGUAUAUUAUGGAACGGACCCAGCUUUGAUCGCGGCGACAGGUGGAAAGUAUUACGACAAAAUCUUACAUCAUUAUUUUCAUCUUCAAAACUCAAAAACAUGUUUUAUUUAAUAGAAAAUUGUGCAACAAACUUAGAAGAAGUAUUAAACUACGAGGUAAAAUUAAAUAAAACACUCGAAACCAAGUCUAUUUUAGCAAGGUUUACAAUGGAUUGCAUAGGAUCAUGUGUUUUUGGUGUGAAUACGGGUACAUUAGAAAAAAAUUCAAGAAACAACCCGUUUACAAUUUUGGGGGAAAAGUUGUUUGACAACUCAAAUUAUGGAGGAUUUAGACUUAUUUCACGUGCAAUGUGGCCAGCAAUUUUCUACAAAUUAAGGUUUCAACUGUUUGAAAGCAGUGUUGAUGACUUUUUCAUUCAACUUCUUACUGAUGUGUUUAAAAGUCGUAAUUAUAAGACAUCAUCGAGACAGGAUUUUGUUGAUCUAUUUUUGACUUGGAAGAAAAAAGAUUGUUUAGUUGGAGAUAAAAUUUCUAACAUGAUAACAGACGAGAAAAAAACAAUGGAAAUAAAAGUCGAUGAAAAAUUACUGGUAGGUCUGAGUGCGAUGCUGUUUGCAGCUGGCUACGAUACAACAUCUACUACGACUAGUCAUUUACUUUUUGAGCUCGCGAAACAGAAAGAAGUCCAAUCGAAAGUAAUUAAGGAAGUAGACAAUUAUUUUCAAAAACACGACGGUAAAUUAGAUUUUGAUUGCAUUAACGAAAUGCCAUUCCUUCAAGCUUGUAUGGACGAGACCUUACGACUUUAUCCAGUUUUGGGAACUCUUACACGAGAAGUAGAAGCAGAAUAUACUUUACCAACAGGUCUUCGGCUCAACAAAGGGAUGCGUAUUCAUAUACCAGUAUAUUAUCUCCAUCACAACGAAGAGUAUUUCCCAGAACCUGAGAAAUUCCGACCUGAACGUUUCUUUGGGGAUGAAAAGAAAAACAUCAAACAAUUCACAUAUAUGCCGUUUGGAGAAGGGCCAAGGAUAUGCAUGGGUCUUCGUUUCGCAAAGAUGCCAAUGACAGCCGCAAUUAUGACGGUUCUCAAGAAAUAUCGAGUUCAAUUAGCAGAUAAAAUGCCUACAAGUUUGAAGUUUGAGCCAAGAUGUAUAGUUACUCAGCCAGUAGGUGGUGUUCAUUUGGAGUUCAUACCACGUGAUACA